AUGCACUCUUCCUGGAAUCGCGUGUCUACUAUCUUCAGCCAUGCUAGCACGGCACUUAUGGUCCUUCUUGGGCUUGUAGCAGCGACGAGCUACCUUACGCUGCCUAGCGUCGAGCCAGGGAAUAUAGAAAUCAAGAACGUGCAUGUGUACGUCUCCCUCCUAGAAGCUUACAAGCCUAACGAAGCCGCAUCGUUACGCUUCGACCUGGACGUCGACCUCCGCCCGCUCUUCACGUGGAAUACGAAACAGCUGUUCGUAUACCUCGUCGUCGACUACCUCGACGGGCCUAACACGACACUCCCAUCCUCGUCCACCGGGGCGGGGGAAGGGCUGGUAUAUUCGAAGAGGCCGGGGAACGAGAUCGUCGUUUGGGAUAGGAUUGUAACGAGGGAGAGGGAGGCGAGGUUGAGGAUCGAGGCGGGGAAGACGAAGUACACGCUGAGGGCGGUGGGGAAGAAGUUCUUCGGAGCAGAACCCUUCCGCGCCCGAUUAAUGUACAACAUCAUGCCCUGGGUGGGCAUCCUGAGCUACGGAACAGCAGCCGAGAGCAAGACGGCGAUGGAUUGGCCGAGGCCGAAGAGCGUGUGA